AUGCCAAGCAUGAGAUCUCUACGUUUAAUUAAUUUCGUAACAAUAUUAUCCCUCUUUCUCACGGCUGCCCCAGCCCCGGCUCCCGCUCCCGCAUCGAAUGCGGAAUUCAUCCGCGCGAAUUGCGAGCACACACUGCACCCGAAGGUGUGCUACCAAUCACUAAAGCCUUACGCCAAUGUGGUGAAGAAGGAGCUGUAUCGGUUGGCGAAGGUCUCAAUCGGCCUCAGCCUCACCCGUAACAAGUUCAUAUCCUCGUACGUGGAGAACCUCACCCGCCAGGCCCAGCCAGAGCCGAGAGCGGCAGAGGCCCUCAGCGACUGCGUCAGCAUGUUGGGUAUCGUGGAGAGGGAUAUGCAGAACUCGGUGAAGCAGAUGCAGCAGCUAACGGGGACCGGGGAGGAGCUGCGCUACCAGCUGGACAACGUGCUGACGUGGAUCACCGCCGCCCGCACCUGGCAGGAAGAUUGUACGGACGGCUUUGAGGGCGUCUCCAACACUGCGCUCAAGGCGGAUGUCUUCGGGCGGGUGGAACAGGCCAAGAAUGUCACCGACAUUGCACUCGACUUCGUCGCAGCCCUUGUAGACAAGGCUGGGCCUGUGCUUCCAUGA